AUGGUCUCUAGUAUACCAUCUUCACCGGGAUCAACGAGGCAGUCACUAGAUUCCGCAGCUGAGUCUUUAGCCUUCUCUAGAGCGUCCACUAGAGGUGACGCAGCUAUGAGCUGGUCAUUAGAUCGAUACAGAAGUAGUCCAUCAAUAUCUACCCAAUCAACUGGAUUUAACGCUUUAUCAACUGUUCUAAACCAUCCAAACAAACGUCCGAAGCCGCUCCGGGCUUCUCGAUACCCUUUACCUGCUAUCUCCUCCGUCGAUUUACGUCUUUCAUCAACGAGUGCGAUAGAAACUUAUUUGGAAGAUAUACAAGGGGAAUAUACGGAAUUUAUAGAUAAUAUCAAUCAAUCUGCUGCAUCUACUUCCGCUCAACCUGAAUCUGACCUGCCAUCACUUGAUGACAUCCCGAGGUUAUUCUUUAAACCUGAUUUCGAUUUAGGAGAUCCAGCGACAUUUGCUGCCGUUACCAAAAGUAUUGGCGAUUCAGCUGGUUUGGAUAUAUUUGAAUCUCCAGAAGACAUUGGUAUCAAUGAGAUUCUUCAUUCCAGAUUAGAGCAUCACGCUAAUGCAGUAGACAAAAUACUCGUACAUGAACUUUCACAGAGAGCUCCUUCAUUAUUCUCUGCAUUGGACAAUUUACAACACUUGGGUCGUUACGCUAGUGAAGCACUUGAGAAGUUUAACACUCUGAGAGAGUUAUUGGAAAGUUCUAUUAAAAGUAGAUUUGAAACUAAAUAUAAGACUAUCAAUGGUGUGAUUGAUCAAAGGAAUUUAGAAGAGAUUCUUACUGUCAUCACUGAUGUGAAGAGUAUAAGUCAGGCACUUCUAGCCUUACAGCAAAUGUCAGAGCUUGGUCAUUAUUUCGAUGCACUUGAAUUAGUCGAGAAUAUAUCCAAAACUGUCGUUGAAAAUAUCAGAUCGAAAGACGUUGAUGAUAUACUCAAAAUACAAUCAUCAACUGAUUUUUCACAAUUGCAAGUUUUCAAUGAUGUCGCUUCCGAUCUUGAGCAACAUACCAGCGUUAUUCUAGAUUCAAUAUCCAGGGACCUCGCUGAUACUUUAUUCAUUGAUUAUGAACAUUCUCUUAAGGAUACCGAUCACGAUCAUCAGGAGCUUGUGAAAGACAUUGAACAAUCGAUUUGUGUCCUUGAUAGAGCUGGUAUGCUCAGUAAAUGUCUCGAGGUAUAUGAGACAAGGUUAAUUAGGAACGUUGUUGAGAUUUUAUACAGUGUUUUACCAGUGGAUUUACAAACUAAGCCACUCGAUUUCAAUGCUAAGUCUAAUGGUAACAUACUAGCCAGUCAGCUUCCUAAGGAACUGCGUCAAUUAGGUCAGCCUGAAUAUUGCGAUUUCUUAAACAAUUGCAAAGAACAACUGAAACUCAUGGUAAAGUCCUCCAAUGCGCAGAAAGAAAUAUUAGAGAGUUCAUUUGAUUCUUCGAGUGAAACAGUAUCUAACACACUGGAGCGUAUCUCAAACCGCAUAAUUGAAGAAGUAUAUUCUGAAAUAGCCAGUGUGAUCAGAUUACGUAAAGAUAUCGAAGCUGAAUUGUCGCUUGAAGAAUACCUCGCGUUCGACGGAAUAGUCUGGAAGUUCAUCAACGAAACGGAGGUGCAAGGUAAUGUACCAAGUAAUGCACUAUUUGUAUUACCAGCUGCAGCAUCAAAUCAACUACAGGAAUUCCUCGAACUGUUCCAUGCUAAUUACACAACCCAAUCAGCUAAAUUAGUUGAAAUGGAAAUUUGGUCGCAGGCUGAAGUCACACCAGCAGUUCAACAUGUCAUCAAUAUGAUCAUCAGAUCAGCUGUCGACGAUAUACCUGAAUCGUCCUAUGACCUUUCAAAUUGUGAAGGAAAAAACGAAAGUCAGCUUCAGAUUGAAACCAUGAGCUUCUUUACAGUAGAGGCAUUGAACAAAGUCUUGGUAUUGCUUCUUAAUUACAUACGUAUUAUGCUGCAGGUGCCUCAUUCUGCUACUGAGAUCAUGACUCGUAUCUUAGAAAUAUUAAAACAAUUCAAUUCAAGAACCUGUCAAGUAGUCUUAGGUGCAGGUGCCAUGAGAUCUGCAGGCUUGAAGAACAUCACAGCCAAGCACCUAGCUCUAGCAUCACAGUCGCUCUCUGUUAUGAUAUCCCUCAUACCAUACAUUAGAGAAGCUGUGAGGAGACGCUUGAAGACCAACCAGGCCACACUACUCAUCGAGUUUGAUCGCUUGAAGAGGGACUACCAAGAACAUCAGUAUGAGAUACACGCCAAGCUUGUGUCUAUCUUGGGAGACCGUCUUACCGCUCACUCGAAAGCUUUGGCAGCUACCAAAUUCGACAGAGCGAAAGAGGAAGAGAAAACUAAACCAAAUUCAUAUGCAGAAGGUCUCGUCAAGGAAACAGCAACACUUCACAGAGUUCUCAAUAAGUACCUCCUUGAAGCCACUGUUCAAUUUGUCUUCAAACAGGUCUUUGAUGCUAUUAACAAGCGCAUUGGGGAUUAUUACCAGCGUUUGCCUAUCAAGACUGAACUUGGUAAAGAAAAACUUAUGACCGAUGCGCGGUUUUUAUGCGCUCGUCUCAACGCUUUACAGGGAAUAGAUGAGCUUGGUACUUCAUUGAUCGAUAUCGCAAACAACCGCCAAGUUAGCAAAUCAUCAAUUGAUUCACCUAGACCUAGUAUGAGCAUAGAAGCGGAUCAAAUGGCUAGACGCUCGAUGAGUGUUGAUUUGCAACGACGAGAAUCACUCGAUAAAUCUCGUAUGAGCAUUGGUGGUACUUCGAGUCAAGAUAAUGUGCUAAAGAUCGACGAGAGCGUAGAGAAUGUAGAUAUAUCAGCACCUCAAGAAGAAAUAUCCAUGGAUAAAAAGAGCCAGGAUGGAGAUAAAAAUAAGGAGAGCGCGACAGCGAAUAUUUCGCAAGAGGCACAGAAUAAUGUUGAGUCGGAUCAGCCGCCACAACAGCAAGUAAAAAGCAGUGAUGAAGUCAUAGCAGGAACUGGGAAAGAGGUCACAGCUGAGCCUGCUUCUGAGCCAGAACGUCCAUCUGAAUUUGAACAACCUGUUGAGUCCGCUUCUACUUCUGUUAAGCCAGAAGGUUCAAUUGAAGCUGAUAAGCCAGUCGAAUCAGUACCUCUUUCAGAACCAGAGCAUACGGCGGAAUCAGAGAAGCCGGUCGAGUCAAUUAUCACAGAGCCGGAAACUGAGAAAUUAGAGCCAACUACUGAAUUUGCAGCAGAUGAGAAGGAAGUAGUUGACAGAAAAGAUAGUCCAAUUGCUAGGACUGAAGAAGUGUCAAUUUCAGGGACUCAAAAAGUAGAAAAUACUGAUAGGACAACUGAAAGUGCAGAGAAGGGCGAUGAAAUAAUGGAAGCAUCUCAAAAGGAACCAAACCUGGAAGCUAAUAAUGACGUUACUGAAGGACCAGAAAACAAAGAUGAAACUAAUGAAGAUGCCAAAGAUGUAAAGAAAAAUGAUCAGAAAGUCACCGAAGUGGGAGCUAAAAGUGACAUUAAAGAAGAAAUUAAGAAUGAUAAUAACAAUAAUAACUCUAAUAAUGAGGAGAAUUCAGAUAUGCCGAUGUCUGCUGAAACUGAAAAUUCUAACAAAACGAAACCAGCGAGCAGUAAAGCAAAAUCAAAGAAUCAAAAGAAGAAGAAUAAGAAAGGAAAGAAGGGGUUCAUUCGCCAAGCUACGACGGGUACUGUAUUAUCAAUUGCAGCGAUUGUCAUUUUCGCGAUAGUUUCAUUCAAUGCUCCAUUAAUCAAGCAGUUGUACUUUGUACAAGUCACGACAACAAUUGACAUGUUCAAUGCGAAGAUUAUACUGGGCACCCUAGGAUAUUGCGUCUACCUUGAGGAUGGUAAAAGCUGUAUUGAGCCUACAUUAGGUUAUAACAUUAAGCUCGAAGAAGUUGGUUUAACAGAUUUCCUUCAACUCCAGCAAGUACAAGAAUUUAUGGAUACUAUCCCACAAAAUGUUUUGAAAUGGGUAACUUACGUAUUCGUACUUAAUUUUAUCUCACUUGGUUUAUCCUUUUUCACUGUCUUGAUUGGCAUUUUUUCACAUAUCAGAGAAUUAGGCAGAUCUUACUGGAGCAGCUUCAUAUCUAUUUUGGCAGCCGUUGUGGCCCUUGCGACAUUUGCUUUCGAUAUGGCAUUCGCAGUCAUUAUACGCAACAAGUUCAAUGAAUCAGAUAUUGCAUCAGCAGAAAUUGGCCAAUCAGUCUGGUUAGUCCUGGCUGCAGCUAUUGCUCUCGUAAUAUCAGUCUUUAUGUUCUUGACAGGAAUAGCAAUGUCACGUCGUCAACACAAAACCAGAGACUUAUUCGAAAGUGAGAAAGACAAGAAUAAUCAUCACUCGCAGCCUCAGAAUGAUUCUUACGGUAUGGGUGAGAGACGCAAACUUAACAAGCAAGAUAAAGACAAACAGGACGACAAUUCAUCAAGUUCAUUCUCCCCACUUCCAGGUUCAUACCCAUCUGAUCAACAACCAUUGGCUUCGAAUGCUGGUAUGCCUUAUGAUAACGGUACUUGGGAAGACACACAAUCGAGUGUUAAUAGUGCACAAGGCCAUGGUCAAAUCCCACCACCUUUACCACGUAAUCAGAGCCCAGCUCCACCAUUCGAACGUCAAAUGAUGACACAGCCGAUGUUAACACCAUAUAUCCCACAACCAAGCAUUUCACCAUUACCUUUUGCGCGUUCACCACCACCACCAAUGCCAUACGCUGUUUCACCACCUCCAAUUGGGAACUCAAUGUCACCGCCGCCUCCAAUGACCUACGCUAUGUCACCACCACCGCAAAUGCCACACGGACAGAUGCUACCUGGACAUAUGUUCCCACCACAAAUGCCACUAUACUUUAAUCCAGCUACUCAAGGUCAUUUUAACGGUAAUUCUGAGCAUUCGAGUGAGAAUUCGAUGUCAAAUGGCGGAUAUUGGCCAAAUCCAAAUGGUUUGACACCAAAUUAUGGUAAUGAUGGCAUUAUAAGUAGAGUAGCGAGUCCAGCAAACACAGGACAAUUCCAAAUGACGAAUAAUGUAGCCCAACAAGCAGCAGCAGGUGCACUUUCAAGCUACCAAUCUGCACCCCAAGAUGAGAAGAAGGCUAUUGAUAAUAAUAAUAACGAUAAUUUGCCUUCUGCGCCUGCGUCAUCACCUUUAAUGCAAACAUCAGCUAUUCCGAUCACAUCAGCGAGACAGAGGCAACAAUGGACAGCGCCUUUAAUUAGAUCACCGCCACCACCAGAAACAUUCGCAGAACCAGAAGGAGACCCUUACCUAUCAGCGAGAGCUAUACCACGAAGGGUGAAUCGUGAAGAAUCGAAAGAGCCACCACCGUACCAAUAA